UUUCUCUAUGACGUACCUCGUUGCCCAGCCUGCAGAUCACUGUGAUUGGCUGUGACACAAAUGGCUCUCGCGGCCGGGCUCGGGGAACGUUUGGCUCAUCUUUGACCAGAAGUCGAAUUGGCCAGCCAAAAAUCUCUUUUUCAACCUCACUCCCCUCCCCGAUUCUAACGACAAUCUCGCCCUCUCCCUCUCUCCAAUUCACCUCCUCUCCUGCAGAAAUAAUGGCUCGUGCGCAACAGGUCGGAACUAUGCUCGCAGCAGCCGCUGGGCUCUGGCUGCUUGGCCUCGUUGGCCUUCUCCCGCUUCCCGAGGUCCUGCAGACCCAGGUGUGGCCGGUGCUGCCGCUGCUGGCGCUGGUGUCUCUGGGCGCCUACGCAUUCGUCAACAUCGGCUACAACCUGCUCGUGUUCCGCGAGUGCCCCGAGGCGUACCAUGAGCUGAUGCAGGAGAUUUCUGAGGCCAAGGACGAUCUGCGCGCGAACGGCGUUGAUAUUGCUUGAAUGGCCCUCUACACUAGCGUUUUUUAUUGGCUGCAUUGGCACAACCGACAACAUGAGCUGAAAAAUAAAAAAUUCUGUCUUUUCCUAGACUGUUGCGGCUCGCUUCUGUAUGCCAGCUGUUGUUUCUUUACAUUCCUCCCCCUUUUUCUUUGUUUGCAUUAAAGAACGGCACAAUGAGCGAGAGUCGCCAGAGUCUGAUUGCGUGGGUCAACGAGCUUCUGCAGACCAACUACACCAAGGUCGAGCAGCUGGGUUCAGGUAAGAGCCGUGGAAUCGAACCCCUCCGAAGGGGAGAGCAGCCCAAUUGCGAAUUGGCACAUCUCUAAUUACCCCCGGGUGUUUAGGUGCGGCGUACUGCCAGAUCAUCGACUCGAUAUACCUGGAUGUGCCGCUUGCCCGCGUCAAGUUCGCGGCGAACCAGCAGUACGAGUACAUUGAGAACUACAAGAU